ACAACCACAUCUCUGUCAGCUAGGCUACGGCUCUGAGAGGAGGUCAGAGCAGUUGACAAAGUUGUAACUUUAGCAACUACAAGCGCCAAAGAAGACUGUGUCUUGGACUACUUUCCAGCAAGGACUAUCUACCAAACACUUUGACAAUGAGCACUGACAAGCAGAUCGUUUUGGAUGUGGACCUGGCCCAGGUGAUGGUCAGCAGGGAGAAGUCUUCUUCAGCGUGGUCGGGCAGGUGGAGGUUGGUCAUGGCUCUUCUGGCCGUGGCUCUAUGCACUGCUGCUGCUGUCUUCUUUACAUUUAACAAGCAGACGCAACACAAACCAGAUGAAACUGACGAUAUCAGACACACUCUAAGGCAAGUGUCCAGCAGUGCAAAAGCUGCCAUUCACUUAUUAGGCCACUACAAUGAGAACAACAAGGAGUCUGUGGAUUGGUGGGACAACGAUGGCCAGUCAUUCACAGAAGGAGGCCUGAAGCUGAAGGACAACCAAAUCCACAUCCCGCAUGACGGCCUCUACUUCGUCUACAGCCAGGCAUCCUACAGGGUCAGCUGCAGCUCUAAUGCUGAUGGAAGCGACGAGGAGGCCGUGGUCCAGCUGAGCCACAUGGUCUACCGCUGGUCCGACUCGUACGGCGAUGAAAAGCCUCUGCUGAGCGCCGUGCGGACGGCCUGCACGAAAUCCCCCAAGCAGUCUGAAGAGGACGACGAGGUGACGUGGUUCGGUGCCAUUUACCUGGGAGCUGUCUUUAAGCUGCAGGCCGGAGACCGUCUCUACACCAAGAUGAUGGAGAAGAUGCUGCCGCAGGUGGAGACUAAUCAAGGGAUGACUUUUUUCGGCGUGUUUGCCUUGUGAGGUCGGACUGGUUAGGAGUGGAGAAGGGAGUGAAAAGAUAAAGCGCAACUCUGCGAUGGUUGUCUAGUCGACUGAUCUUUCUGCUCAUGAUCUCUCACAGUGUUUCCCAUCUCCAGCACUGAGGAAAUACAGCACUGUAGAUGGGGAACCGGUAUAACUGUUUUAUAUUAAAACAUGUAAAAACCAUGUAAGCUCAAGGAUGAGCUGCUCUGCAACAGCCUGUAACUGACAGCAAAACUACAUCAAACUACAGCUGGUUUUGGAGAGAUCAAUAAUUAUGACUAUACGUGUGAAAUGUUAUUAAAAAACUAUUUAUAUUUUAAGUUAUAUU